AUGACGCGGAAAAGGACUCAGACUGUGGACCAGUGCAAUGGCAGCACAGUGACAGAAUUUAUCCUGGUGGGCUUCGAGAAGAGCUCUACUUCUACAAGAGCAUUAAUCUUUGUCCUCUUCCUAUUCUUCUACAGCCUUGCCAUGGCCAUGAAUGGCCUCAUCAUCUUCAUUACCUGGACAGAUCCUAAGCUCAACAGUCCUAUGUACUUCUUUCUUGGCCAUCUUUCCUUUUUAGACAUCUGCUUCAUUAGCACCACCAUCCCACAGAUGCUAAUCCAUCUAGUGGUCAGGAAUCACGUUGUUUCCUUUAUGUCUUGCAUGGCCCAGAUGUAUCUAGUCUUUGGUGUGGGUGUGACUGAGUGCAUCCUCUUGGCUUUCAUGGCCUAUGACCGCUAUGUUGCUAUCUGCUACCCUCUUAACUAUGUCCAAAUCAUGAACCAGCAGGUCUGUGUGAGACUGGUGAGUUCUUCCUGGUUCUUUGGACUGGUCAAUGGCAUCUUUCUAGAAUACAUAUCAUUCCGGAAUCCCUUCUGUAGAGACAACCAUAUAGAAAACUUCUUUUGUGAAGCUCCCAUAGUGAUUGCUCUCUCCCGUGGAGACCUACAGUUCAGCAUGAAGAUGAUUUUUCUUGAUGCUAUUGUGGUGCUUCUCAGUCCCAUGGCACUCAUUGUCAUCUCUUAUGCCCGCAUCCUGGCUUCCAUCCUUGGCAGAGCCUCCUCUUCAGGUGCCCGGGGGAAGACUUUCUCCACUUGUGGCUCCCAUUUGACUGUGAUCAUCCUUUUAUACUCCUCAGCCAUGUUCUCUUACAUGAAUCCCCGUAGUACACAUGGCCCUGACAAAGACAAACCUUUGUCCCUCCUCUACACUAUAAUCACCCCCAUGUGUAAUCCCAUCAUCUACAGUUUUCGAAACAAGGAAAUGAAGGGGGCCAUGGUGAGGGCUCUUGGGAGGACUGGCCUAACCCAGGCAGAAUCUGUCUAA